AUUUAACUCCUGCGGGAGGGACAUAGCAGGUUUUGCUGGAGCAGUGGGUGAAGGCUAUUUCUGUUGGUAGAGAGGAGAAAGCAAACAAGCACGUUUUUGCAAGGAAAUCAAGUAUCAGGUGAAAGAAUGGAUUGCCAGGAAAGAGCUGGGAUACCUUCGGCAGUGUGUGGCACGAUGGGAUUGAUGUCCGAUCAUGAUUCACCUUUGCCCGUGGAGUUGUCAGAGAUAUCAAGCACCAAGGAACAGUAUGAAGAAGAGUUGUGUCAGCCAUUGAAAGUAUAUUUGAGAGUAAGACCCUUCUCUAAUGCAGAACUUGAAAACAAUGAAAACCAGGGCUGUUUAAUUAUUGAAAAUCAAGAAACAGUAACACUUCAAGCACCUAAAGAAUCGGCUGCAAUGAAGAACAGUGAGAAAGGAAUUGGACAACCUGCCCAUCAGUUUACCUUUACUCAGGUUUUUGGACCAGACACUACUCAAAAAGAAUUUUUUGAAGGUACCAUGAAGGAGAUUGUAAAAGCCUACACUGAUGGAGUGAAUGGCCUUGUGUUUACUUAUGGUGUUACCAAUGCGGGCAAAAGUUUCACUGUUCAAGGUUGUCCAAAAGAUGGUGGUAUCCUGCCUCGUUCUCUUGACUUGAUCUUUAAGCAUAUCAGAGGAAGGCAGUAUCCAAAGAUGAACUUAAAACCCUGCUUCAGCAAUCUUGUCAAGAGGCUAAAUGAUAUGCAGAUCAAGCAAGAAGAAGGCAUAAAAGCUGCACUUCUUGCUUCUUUAAAAGAGGAGACUGAAAAUACUUGGAAGCCCACUACAAAUCUGAGUGCAUCAGACACAAGCUGUAGUAGCUGUAACUUGUCAAGUUUUGCUUUGGAUCAAUUAGACCAACAUUCUGACCUCCUAGAUUCAGAAGUAUUUAACUGCUAUCCAAGAACGCUGUCUUCUGUAUGGGUUUCUUUCUUUGAAAUCUACAACGAAUACAUCUAUGACCUACUAGAUUUACUGCCAACACUGAAACAUCCGAAGCGCAAAGUUCUGAGGAUCUGUGAAGAUCAGAGUGGAAACGCUUACAUUAAAGACUUAAAGUGGAUCAAUGUAAAUAGCGUGGAAGAGGCUUGCAAAAUACUUAAAACAGGAAACAAGAAUAGAAGCUUGGCAUGCACUAGAAUGAAUCGGCAAUCAAGCAGAAGUCACAGUAUAUUUUCUAUCAGACUGCUCAACUUGAGUGAUGAGAAUGUGCCACAGAUUCUUGGAGUCUCUGAACUAUCUCUAUGUGACCUGGCUGGAUCAGAACGAUGCAAUAAAACGCACUCUUUUGGAGACAGACUUAAAGAAGCAGGCAAUAUUAAUAAUUCUCUUCUUAUUCUUGGGAAAUGCAUCGCAGCACUGAAACAGAAUCAAAAUCCUAAGUUAAGGCCAGCAUAUAUUCCCUUCAGAGAGAGUAAACUGACCCGUUUAUUUCAACCAUUCUUCUGUGGUAAAGGCAAUGCUUGUAUGAUUGUCAACAUUAACCAAUGUGCCUCUAUGUAUGAUGAGACACUACACGUAAUGAAAUUUUCUGCAGUAGCUAAGCAAGUUAUUCAAACAUUUCAGCCCCAAAUCUUUGAUUAUUUCCCAAAAAAAUAUAUUGGAAGGGGAAAUAGGCCCACAGUGCAUUUUGAUGACACAUCUGCUGAAGAAAUUGCAGAGGUUUCACACAUCUCCUCUGAAGAAGAGGAAAUGGAUGUUGCCGUUAUGAGCCAUGAGGAUCUCCUGAAAACUACCGAGAUCCUAAAGGAAAAGCUGGUUGCAGAAAGACGAAACAAACUACUGCUUGAGGUGCAUAUACGUAAAGAGAUGGCCGAAGCAAUGUUUCAGCAGCUGAUGGAAACAGAAGAGGCCUGGAGUAAGCGCUUAGAAGACAUAAAAGAACAUUAUGAAGAAAAACUGGAGAGUAAAUUUGAGAUGUACAAGGAAGCUAUAAAGAAGCAUGCGUAUAUGUGUGCGAUGGAACAAAUUGAAGAGCAUUAUGUUUCAAUAGAAGAGUUCAUUGCUGAACAAGCAAAAGUUGAGGACAGAGAUAUGAAAAUAUUACAGCUGAAACUAAAACUUGGAGAACAAGAAUCCUUAUUUUCAGAAAGUCCCACAUCAGAUACUACAGAAGGUGGAAUUAAUCCAGAUGACAAAUCCAAGAUGAUGCAGAGAGCUUCAUACCUUUUGCAGAGACAAUGUGAAGAAAAAGAUGAGUUAAUAAAAUCACUGAAGUUGAAAAUACAGAAAUUAAAUGAAAUGUUGCAAGAUGCCAAGGAGAUUUGUAGAAAAACAGCUGAAGAGAAUAAUAGACUGAAGCAGAUGGUCAUGUUUAAGGAACAAGAAGUUGGAGACCUUCAAAACUGGGUGAAACGUGUUCAUGAGCUUGAAGCCACCAUCUCUCUUCUCCAAGCACAACUAGAUGAAAGGAAAAAGGUCCUAAGCACAAAGGAUUUUAAGCUCCAAAAAUCUAAGAAAGGCUUCUUUGCAAAUCUGAAAUAUACUAUAGCAGAAGUUCCAAAAGCUUCCAGAGACAAAGACUCAGCAAAACUUGAUGAGUCUCUUACAGCUUCACCGAAACUAACGCCAGGACCACGUAAAGUAAAAGAAUAAGUUGAAGCUUUUUAGUUGUGUUAAUUGCAGCUAUUGAGUUAGUCAAUACAUGAUAUUGGUGACUUAUCAUAGUAGAAAAAUCACUGAGAAGACAGAUGAACAUCUCGCUUGAAGGGAAAGAACUUGAUGUUGUUUCUUCAACAAUGUAGUGCAGCCUUGUUUAUUUUAACUCGUGGGUUAGUCAGCAGCAAAUGCUCUGGCUUUUAGUUCCAGAUAAUAUCUGUAUCAAGAAUACCAGAACAGUUUCAUGCACUGUCACUUAAUUGUCUUUCUUUCUUGAACUACUAGGCCAAACUCCAGAACUCUUUUCACUGUUUAAAGACAUGAAGCUAAUGUUCAGGCCUUCAUAACUUGCUUCACAAGUUGCAAAAAUGAGAAGCUGCUAAGUGUUUUGGCUAAGUUGUUUUCCUUGUGUGAAGGAAUUGGAUAUAAAUAUGUAAGCUCACUAUUUUAUACACUUGAUAAUAAACAUAGUUUCCAGUAA